AUGAAGAACUUGCUCGGCGGCAAGGGCGCCAACCUGGCGGAGAUGGCCUCCAUCGGACUCCCGGUGCCGCCGGGCUUCACCUUGACCACCGAGGUGUGCGCCAGCUUCUAUGAGAAGAACUGCACCUACCCCAAAGAGCUCGCGGAUCAAGUGGCCCAGUCUCUGGCCCUUGUGGAGGCCCGCACGGGACGGAAGUUUGGCGACGCUUCGAACCCGCUGCUGGUGUCGGUGCGAUCCGGAGCUCGUGCAUCCAUGCCUGGCAUGAUGGAUACGGUGCUGAAUCUGGGCCUCAACGAUCAAACGGUCGAAGCCUUGGCCAAGCAGGCCAACGACCGCCGCUUCGCCUUUGACAGCUAUCGGAGGUUUGUGCAGAUGUACUCGGAUGUGGUUCUGGGUAUGGAGCUGCACAACUUCGAGAAGCUGCUGGAGCGGGCCAAGCAGCGCCGUGGUGUCAAGAACGACCACGAGCUUCUGCCGGAGGAUUUGGAGAGGCUGGUGAAGGACUACAAGGCCACGGUGCAGCUGGAGAUGGGCGAGAGCUUCCCGGAGGACCCGCAGGAGCAGCUCUGGGGUGCCAUCGGGGCCGUCUUCAACUCCUGGAUGAACCAGCGUGCCAAGACCUACAGGCAGCUCCACGACAUUCCAGAGUCCUGGGGAACGGCAGUGAACGUGCAGGCAAUGGUCUUCGGCAACAUGGGCAAUGACUGCGCGACGGGCGUGGCCUUUACCAGGAACCCAUCAAACGGCGCGAACGACUUCUACGGUGAGUUCCUGGUGAACGCGCAGGGUGAGGACGUUGUGGCCGGGAUCCGCACGCCCCAAGAGCUGACGAUCAAGGCACGCAAGUCCCACGGCAGCGACCUUCCAUCUUUGGAAGAAGUGAUGCCCGGCAUCUUCAAAGAGCUGAGCACCGUGCGGAAGCAGCUGGAGGCACAUUACACCGACAUGCAGGACAUCGAGUUUACCAUCCAACAAGGCAAGCUCUACAUGCUCCAGACGCGGACCGGCAAGAGAACCGCACACGCAGCCUUGCAGAUCGCUGUGGACAUGGCCAACGAAGGUCUGAUCUCCAAGUCUCAAGCUUUGAUGCGCCUGAAGCCGGAUUUGAUCGAUCAGCUAUUACACCCGACGCUGGACCCCAAAGCCAAGAAGCAGGUGAUCGCCAAGGGCCUCCCCGCCUCACCUGGUGCGGCGGUCGGCAAGGUGGUCUUCACAGCCGACGAGGCCGUGAGGCGUUCCAAGGAUGGCGAGAAGGUGUUGCUGGUGCGGAUCGAGACGAGCCCCGAUGACAUCCACGGACUGCACGCAGCCGAGGGAGUGCUGACCACCCGAGGAGGCGCGCCGGUGUGUGAUCUCAGCGGGUCUCCUUCCCCUGCCAUACCCGCAGCAGCUCUCCUCUCCAUGAUCCCCCCCACAUUUAAAAGGCAAGGUGUGCUGCGCAUGCGCGCCCGAGGCAUGACAAGCCACGCAGCCGUGGUGGCACGUGGCAUGGGCCGCCCCUGUGUGGCUGGGGCUGGUGAUGUGCGGGUGGACUAUGCGGCCAACAAGUUCAGCGUCGGGGGCGUCACCGUUCAGGAGGGGCAGCUCCUGACCAUCGAUGGAGUUUCAGGGGAGGUCAUUUUGGGAGAAGUGCCCACGGUGGCACCCCAACUCUCCGGCUCCUUCGGCACCAUCAUGUCAUGGGCGGAUGACUUCCGCAGCUUGCAGGUCAGGGCCAACGCAGAGACGCCAGCGGAUGCACGACAGGCCAAGUCCUUCGGCGCCCAGGGCAUUGGCCUGGUGAGAACGGAGCACAUGUUCUUCGAAGGUGGCCGGAUAGUGGCCAUGCGACAGAUGAUCCUGGCCGCGGACGAGAACGAUCGCAAAGCGGCACUGGACAAGCUGCUUGUGAUGCAGCGGGAGGACAUCGUGGAACUUUUUCGGAUCAUGGAUGGCCUGCCUGUAACGGUGCGUCUGCUGGACCCGCCCCUGCACGAGUUCAUCCCCCACAGCGAGUCGGAGAUGGCCUCCGUUGCCCGCGCAGCCGGUGUGCCGCUGGAGCGCGUUCGGCGCCGCGCCACCGAGCUGAAGGAGGCCAACCCCAUGCUUGGCCAUCGCGGCUGCCGGCUGGCCAUCACUUAUCCGGAGAUCUGCGAAAUGCAGACCCGUGCUAUCUUGGAGGCUGCCGCUGAGGUGGGACGUAGCACCAGCAAGCAGCCCGUGGCAGAGAUUAUGGUGCCACUGGUCUCUACACUGGAGGAGUUCGCACUCCUGAAGUCUGUGAUCGAGAAAACGGCGGCCGCAGUGCAGAAGGAGCAGGGCGUGACCUUGAAGUACCACGUGGGCACCAUGAUCGAGCUGCCCCGUGCCUGUUUGCAGGCAGGCAAGCUGGCUGAGCAGGCCGAAUUCUUUAGCUUUGGUACCAAUGACCUGACCCAAACAACUUACGGUCUCAGUCGUGACGACGCUGGCUCCUUCUUGCCGGAUUACAAAGAGAAGGGCAUCGUAGAGCAGGACCCCUUCGUCAGCCUGGACCAGGCAGGCGUCGGGGAGCUCAUCAACAUGGCCGUGGGGCGUGGGCGCACUGCACGCCAGGGCAUGAAGAUGGGAAUCUGCGGCGAGCACGGAGGUGACCCUGCCUCCAUCGAGUUCUGCAACAAAGCCGGCCUUGACUACGUGAGCUGCUCACCCUUCCGUGUGCCCGUGGCGCGGCUGGCUGCAGCGCAGGCCGCUCUCAAGGACAAGGGCGAGAAGGCCCUGCAGGCCUCCACGAAGGCCACCAAGCCUAGGAACCCGGCCUUCGGCCCAUGGUGA